ACGUUUUAUUGUUUUCAAAGGAUCGUCAUCACUACAACUAUAUAUGAGAACACACGGGAAUUUAUUCAUUGACAUGUUUAAAAAGUGCUACGUUAUUUAAGCAGAUAGUUUAACAUUUAAAUAUUUUCAAAAGUUUAACUAAGGUUAAUUGAUGUUUUUAAAUUUGUGGAAUAAUUCAAAUAUAAAAUUAAAUAUAUCAUAAAGAUUUGGACGUUGAAAUAAGUCAUUAUUUAAUAAUAAUACAUAUACAUACAUAUAAAUAUUAUUGCAUAAAGAUAACUUAAUCAAUAUAACAAUAUGUUGUGAUAGAAAUCCAGAAAUAAUCAGCUGGUGAUAAGAAAUUGGCUUUUUUUUUAUAAUAUAAAUAAUGCCAAUAAUAUAGGCAAGUUUUAUCUGUAUUAAUUUAUAGUUUCAUAGUAUUAUUAAAGAUUUGUGUAACCUGUAGGUUACUGAGAUCAUUUUUAUACUACUUGAUAUCGACUUAUAACAAUUAGUAGAUACUAUUAUAUACUUUAGAAAAUUUAAAAUUUUUAUAAGUGAAUUCUAUCAUUAUAUAAGGAAUUUUAAAUAACCAAACAAUGAAUCCUUGUACAAUUCCUGAAGUUCCCAUUGAUAUACAAGGUGACAACAGAUGGAUGAGCCAGGUAUAUUAUAUUAUAAUUUGUUAUUGUUAAUUGGUAAAUAAUAUGUAAAGUAAUUAAUAUAUUUACAGCAUGAACGUCAUGUGUCUGAAGCCAAAGAACGUGAGCCAGAUGUUAUUAUGAUUGGUGACUCAAUUAUACAGAAGUUACAGACUUGUCCCAUAUGGAAUGAUUUAUUUGAGCCUCUCCAUUGUUUAAAUUUUGGUAUUGGAGGUGAUCUUGCCCAAGGAGUAUUGUGGAGAAUCCAAAAUGGCAUUCUUGACAAUAUUAAACCUAAAGUAAGUUAUACUAAGUUGUAAAAUUUUAAUAUGUACAUGUUACAAUGAAAACUUAAAUAUCAGUCUAAUCUAGUAUAUACACUUCCACUUUUAGUUUGUUGUGUCUGAAAGUUUUGUACUUAUUUUAUUAUAUUAAUUUCUUUACAACACCUUUAACUGAGUAAAAUUUGUUAUUUAUUGCUGAUCAGUGGCGCAACCAAGAUUCAUUGUCAGAGAAGAAGGAGGUUAUGAAUUUUAAAUAAAUUUCUAAACAAGUUUUUGGGAUAGUAAAAUAUAAAUUUCUACAUAGGUGACAUGCACAAUAUAUACGUAUUUAAAAUUACAAGGAAAUAUCCAUAAUUGUAAAACAAAUUAUGUAGCUAUAUGUUUUAGAUAGAAUUUGUAUAAAUCUCAAAUUUUGAGAGGGAUUGUAAAACUCAAAUCCUCCCUUUGGUUGUGACACUGCUAACUAUUAAAUUUUAUUUAUUUUCAGUACAAACUUUUUAAUUGCCUACUUGGCUGAAUAUCGUUGAUUUUAAUUAUUGUUAAUCAAUCUGUUCAUUUAACACUCACACAAUUAAACUUUAAUAUCAAAGAGUUUAUUGGUGGGAGGAUCAUGGAAUAAUGUAAACAAAUUGUUGAGUCUAAAAAUAAAAAUAUUUGUACUUAAAAAAAAUUACAUUAAAUAAAACAUACCAAAAUGUAAAAUAUUUUAAUAUAAGUAUCUAGAAAAAUAUUGUGAAAUAAUAUUAAGUCAAAUUUAAAUUCUCCUUUUUAAUUUCUUUCUUUUUUUUUUUUUAAUGGUUUAUUGUUUUUUGCUAAAUAGUCAUUUGAUUUACUAGUAUUUUUCUAAAAAAAGCAACUUUAAGUCAUUAAUUAGUCAAUAGUAGAACAAAUUUCAUUUUAUUAAAAAUAAUAGUUAAUUGACUUGAAUACAAUUUUACAAAAAAAAUGGCAAUUGAUUAAUAAAUCCUAAUCCUAAUUCAUAUAAAAAUGUUUUUUAUUUAUCAUAAUACUAUAAUUUUAAAUUUGAAAACUUUCAAAAAUACCCUAAAAAACAUUUGAUUUAAAGCACUAGUAUAAAGUUAUCAAGUGCUGAUAAUUAUAAAUCUUGAACUAUUAUUUACUAAUUUUCUUUUUGUUGAUUUUAUAAUGUCUUAAAAAUGUACAAAAUCCUAAAUUGUCAUAAUGUAUACAGGUCAUAAAACACAUUUUCUUAUUAACUAGCUAUUUGUUGUUUUACCAAUCAUGAAAUUAUCAGAACAUUGAUUGUAUUUUUAUUUUUCAUUUAAAUUGUUCAGGCAUGUGUUCUUCAUGUUGGUACCAACAAUUUUGGCAACACUCCUGAAGAAAUAUCUGAAGGUAUUUUAACCAUCAUCAAUGAAAUCAGAUCCAAACUGCCCGAAUGCUACAUUAUUUUGUUGGUAAUUAAUUAUAUGUUGUUAUUUAUAAUUCUUAGUAUAUUAUAAAUGUAUUAUUUAACUAUAGAUAAAGUACAGAAAUUUGUUAAUUGACACUUUUCUAAUUUGAAUACAGUAUAGUGUUAUUUUCUUCUUAAGCACUUAAUUUUUACUAGAUUUGAAUGUCUCAUUAUUGCUACCAAUAUCCCUUUCCAUUAGUCUUUUGCAGAUGAUUCUUCUUUUAAUACUUGUUUGGUUUUCCAUCUGCCCUCUUAACAUGACAAAACCAUUAUGCUAUAAGAGAAUAUCAAGUCAAUAUAGUGUUAAAUUAUAAACAAAUAAUAAAUGAUUAUUUAAUAAUAAUAGAGAUGUGACGAACUGUUCGAUUUUCAAACCGAACUAAAAAUUUCAAAUAAUCAAACUCAACCAUAUAACUAAUAGUUCGAUUUGAAAAUCAUUUGAUGCCAAUUUUGCAGUCAGUGAUCAUCAAUACGAUAUUCUGUGGUGGGAUAAAGCAGCAUUAUUAAUAACUUAUCCCAGAUAAAUAAUAAUUUGUCUAAUAACUGAUAUUAUUUAUUGUUUAACUAAUUUAUUAUAUAACAUAUAGAAAUCAUUAUUUUUAUAUAAAACACAAACAAAAACCUUAAUUGUAAUUUUGUUUCUAGGAUUUAUUACCUCGUGGUGCAAAGCCAAAUCCAUUACGUGUUCGUAACUCUAAAGUUAAUGAAAUAAUUCAUGAAAAAGUGAAAUCAAUUUCCCGACUGGAAGUGAUUACAGUUAAUACUGGUUUGUUGCAGUCAGAUGACACUCUUAGUGCUCAAGAUAUGCUUGAUUACUUACAUCCGACUGAUUCGUGUUAUCGUAAAAUAUUUGAACCGGUACAUGAACUACUAUUACACAUUCUUGGAGAAGCCAAAGAUGUUGACAAAGAAUUAAUUGGCACUCAAUAAUAUUUAUAUGUUCUUUAUACGCACAAAGGAAAAAAUCUAAUUUUGUAUUGUGAUUUAAAUUCAUAUUUUCUUAAUAAUUAAUUUAUGCUUUCUUAUAAUUAUUGUGGGGCCUUUAUGCAUACAAAUUUUGUUCCUAAUUGUAAUAGACUGUUCUUUUGGGUUAAGAAUUAAGUUUAUCUUUAAUUAUUAAAGUAAAGCAAUAUUCAAUAUUGCUUCUAAGCUUUUACUAUUACUUAUUAAUAAAAUUGGGCAAUUCAUAAUUCAUAAG